AUGGUCCCCUCCCCCGCCCCCUCCCCCUCCCCCUCCCCUUCUCUCUCGCUCUCACCCGCCCGCUCUCGGUCCCUUUCCCGCGCCACCGGCGCCAUCGUCGGCGCGUUCGCCGGCGACGCGGCCGGGGCGGUCUUAGAGUUCGGAGGCGUCGUCACCGCAGAGGCAGCGCGCCGCGCCAUCACCAUGCCGGGCGGCGGCGUCUUCCGCGUGGGUCCCGGGCAGAUCACGGACGACAGCGAGCUUGCGCUCUGCCUCGCGCGCGCCCUCGUCGCCGCGCGCGCGCCGCCUGCUGCUACUAGCGGCGCGAGUACUAAUACCAGUAGUAGUGAUUCUCCCCCGCCGGCGGACGCGCCUCUCAGCACGGGUGGUUGCGCGUCGCGCGGCGCCGAACCUGCGGCGGCGGAGCCUGGAAGCGGCAGCGGCGCAGCGGGAGCAGCGGGCGGGGGGUAUUGGGAGGGCGGGUUCCCGCUGGGGCGCGUGGCGCGCGCGUACCACUUUUGGGGGUUCUCCAGGCCGUUUGACAUGGGCAACACGUGCGCCACCGCGUUCCGCUUCCCCCACCCGCCUCCCCCCGCCGGCGGCUUUGUCUCUUCCCCCUUCUCCCCGUACUCCUCAGCGGAACAAGCGAAGACGGAGAAACUCGAGCAGCAGAUGGCGAAGCAGAUGCAGACAAACGCCGCAACUCGCAUGAACAGCCAGGCGAACGGCGCGCUGAUGAGAGUGACGCCGCUGGCGGUGUGGGCGCACCGCCUGCCCCCGCACGCCGUGGCGCAGUGCGCUGCUCUGGACGCGUCGCUCUCGCACACUAACCCCACGUGCCGCGCCGCCUCCGCUGCUUACUGUAUAGCCAUCGCGCACCUCAUCAACCACCCUGGUGACGCGCAGGGCGCGUUUGAGGAGGCUGCGAUGUGGGCUGCGAGGGAAAGGAAAAGGGGAGGUGCGAUGUGGGUGGGGGGCGGAGGGAAAAAGGGAGGGGCUGAGACGGUGGGUGAGUGGCUGGAGCACGUGCGAGUGGCAGUGGCAGCAGAGGGGGGUGGGGAGCGGAGCGGGGCAGCGAGUGGGGCUGGUGCAGCAGCAGGCAGAGGGAGCGCAGGGAGGGGUGUCCAGGGCAGGCAGGCAGGCAGGGGGUCUGUGGGUGGGUGGGGAAAGCAGGCGCUGCAGCAGGUGAUGGGCGCACUCGGGACAUGUGGGAGGGGAAAGGCAGGAGAGGCGGGAAAGAGGGGAGAGCAGGGAGAGGAGAGAGGGGUGGAGCAUGGAGGAGAAGGGCGGCAGGCAGGCGUGACGGACACACAAGGCAUUGAUACCAGCAAGCAGACUGGUGGCAAGGGGUCCAGCUAUGACGAGGCGCUUGAGGACACACUGGUGCGAGGGGGAGACACGGAUACAAAUGCAGCUAUUGUGGGCGGAAUGGUGGGCGCACUCCAUGGAGUGGAAGGGAUGGAGGAGGUGGAAGGGGGUGAAGGGGGUCAACAGGGUCAACGCGGUCAAGGGAUUCAAGGUGCAGGGGUGCCGAGGGCAAUGGUGGAGAGAGUGGUGGGGCGAGAUUACUCCAAGGGAAUAGAGAGGCCUGUGGAGCUGAGGCCAGCGGACCUGCUGGCGCUCUGUGAGGCGCUCUUCCUCUUGGCCCCACAGGAAAGUGCAGUUUGA